AUGCCUCAAACAGCGGCCCCUGUUUCUCCUGCACCUAUCCUCGUUGCUGCGACAGCUGCCCCUGUUGGUGCUGCAGCUUCCCCAAUUGGUGCUGCCGCUUCCUCUGUUGCUCCAGUACCCCAGUGCCUCAACAGCGGCCCGUGUCUCGUGCUACGGCCCUCGUUAGUGCUACAGCUGCCCCAAUCGUUCCACCUGCCCCAGUCCCUGCUACAGCUUUCCCAGUCCAAGCACCCAAGCGGUGGGGGAGAAGGCGCGGGGGGUGGGGGAGGGGACGGGGGUGGGCUGGGGGGAGAAGGCGGGGGAGGAGAGGCAGGAGGGGAGGGAGGAGGGGAGGGAGGAGGGAAGGGAGGAGGAGAGGGAGGAGGGAAGGGAGGAGGAGAGGGAGGGGAUGGAGAGGGGGGAGGAGGAGAAGGAGGAGGUGGGGAGGUUGGAGGGGGAGGGGGGAAAAGAGGAGGUGAGGGGGGAGGGGGAGAGAGAGGAGGUGAGGGGGGAGGGGGAGAAAGGGGAGGCGAGGGUGGGGAGGGAGGUGAAAGCGGAGGGGCAGGGGGAGGGGGGGAGUCGGGGGGGGAAGGUGGGAACGGGGGGGAGUCGGGGGGAGAAGGUGGGGGUGAGGGGGAGUCAGGGGGGGAAGGAGGGGGUGAGGGGGAGUCAGGAGGGGAAGGUGGGGGUGAGGGGGAGUCAGGGGGGGAAGGCGGGGGUGGAAUGGAGUCGGGGGGAGGAGGGGGGGGUGGUGGGGGCGGGGAGGAAAACGGUGGGGAAGGAGGAGGGGGGGAGGGGGGGGAGGGAGGUGGGGAAAGGGGAGGGGAAGGUGGUGGUUGCGGUGGUGGGGAAGGGGGAGGGGAUGGGGGGGGCGGAGGGGGUUUUCUGGGCAAUCCAGGGGAGGGUGCACCUGGCAGGGAGAAGAUUCAAGCAGGGCAACAGGCGGGGAGAAAAGGGAAAGAGAAAGAGGAAGAGAAAGAGAAACGUCCGGUUCGGCAGAAAAGGCUACAGUCGUCCACGCUCCUCUGCCCUUCCAAACCAAGCACCGAGCCUGAUGCUGCUGUUGCUCCGGUUCCUGACAAAUUAUACACCAGGCAGUUUCUCCCCACGCUCAACGCCAAGCCUGCAGCUCCGGUGCUCUGGAUGGUUCCCGAGCCUGGGGCAGAGGUUUGGGAGAGCAGCGGUGUGCCCUGGGUGUCUACGAUGCUUGCCGGACCAAAGAAGUAG